AUGACCGAUAGAAUCACGGUCGCAGGGCUCUCCUGCCACCUCGCCAACGGCGCUGGCCCAUCGGCUUUCGGUCUCACCCCGCCUCCGCCCUGCCCUCUCGAGCUCCAGCUUGACAUCGACCUUCUCCCCGGCGUCGUACCGCACUGCGUCGACGAGGACGACAUGAACGGCCUCGGCGUCAACUACUCGUCCGUAUCCAAAGCGGUGUAUGCCGCCGUGGCGGACCCGAAACGCGUAUUCCCCAACCCGUCGACGAUUCUGCGCGAGGCCGCCGUGGUCGCACUCCGCCUGCCCGCCGUCGCUGGGGUGACUGUCCGUGCGCGCCUGCCGAGAGCGCUCCUACAGGCCCAGUCUGCCGACUACACGCAGUACUUUUCCCGGUCGAGCCCACCGUCCACUCUUCCCCAGCCGACAUGCACGAUCCGCGAUCUACGUGUCAAUUGCGUCAUCGGGCUGCACCCACACGAAAGGGCUGAGCGCCAACGCCUCGAGGCGGAUAUUACCGUCGACGGGUAUGAGCCUAAGAGUUGGGACCACAGAGUUUUCGCAGACGAGGCGUUUACUUGGCUCGACAAGUCGGAGUUUGGCACACUCGAGUCUCUCGUUGACUCGUUUGCGCGGCACCUCCUCUCCCUUCCGAUACUGUCUACGCCAAAAGCCCGGGUUGAUGUGACACUUCGCAAGCCGUCAGCUCUUCCGUUCGCGACGCCCGCUAUCCGGGCCUCGCGGAAUGCUGCGUCAUUUGCCAAGCGUGGCGGUGUCUAUCCCGUGGGCACUCGCUUCCACUCGUCUACAGUGGCCAACGCCGCAAACACUCCCCCGCGCGUGUUCAUCGCCGUCGGGUCCAACCUCGGCGACCGUGUUGGCUAUGUGCGGCGUGCGGUACAGUUACUCCAGGAGGGGGGCUGCAUUCUCGUCGACACGAGCCGGCUGUAUGAGAGUGCGCCGAUGUAUGUCGAGGACCAGGAACGCUUCCUCAACGGAGCCGUUGAAAUCCAAACAAGCCUCAAGCCCUUUGAGCUCCUGCGCCUGCUGAAGCGAAUCGAGCUCGAGGUCGGGCGCAUCAAGACGUACCGCAACGGGCCGCGCGUCAUCGACCUUGACCUCGUCGCGUACGGUAACGAGGUGGUGCAUAUCGGCGAACCGGGCGACGAGCCGGACGAGGAUGGCGUGGGCUGGCUCACAGUGCCUCACGCCUCCUUGGCUGAGCGCGAGUUUGUGCUCCGCCCUCUUGCUGAUAUCGCGCCCGACUUCACCCCACCUGGGCUCCUGCCGAUCUCAGAGCUCCUCGCGCGUGCCCCACCAGGCCGUCUAGAGCCUGUCAUUCCCUUCCCCUAUCCCGCCCGCCCGCUGCGCCUUACGACCCCUUCAACACCCGCCAUCAUGGCAAUCUUCAACGCGACGCCCGACUCGUUCUCGGACGGACACGUGACGCGGACUGACACGGCGCACGCGGUCCGCAUGUGCGAGAACAUGAUGGCGGCGCCAAACCCGCCUGCCAUCAUUGACAUCGGGGGCAUGUCGACGCGUCCGAAUGCCGAGCCGUGCACUGAGGAAGAGGAACUGGCGCGAGUGAUCCCGCUCGUCCAGGCCGCACGAAGGAGGAGCAGUCCGCUCGCAACAGUCCCCCUCUCGGUGGACACGUAUCGCGCGUCAGUGGCUCGCGCGGCCGUCGAGGCCGGAGCGAGCUGCAUCAAUGACGUCCGUGGCGGCCGCGAGCCGGGCAUGCUGGCCGCCAUGGCAUACGCCGACGUUCCUGUUGUGCUGAUGCACUCCCGCGGCGACUCGGUCAGUAUGCUGGCUGCCGAGAGCAAGGGGUAUGCCGGCGGCGUGCUGGCCGGUGUGCGCUCCGAGCUCGCCGAGGCCGUGGCAGCGGCCAAGGCAGCAGGCGUGAAGCGGUGGGACAUUGUGUUAGACCCAGGACUCGGCUUUGCCAAGUCGCAUGACGACCAUCUUCGCCUGCUCCGUGACAUUGGACAAUUUGCGACUGGAGAUCUCGCGGGGUACUCGCUGCUCGUUGGCGCGAGCCGUAAGCGCUUCGUCGGCCAGGUUACUGGCCGCAAGGUUGCGAGUGAGCGGGGUUCGGGCGACGCCGCCAUCAACACGCUCUGCGCGAUGAGCGGGGCGGUCGACGUGCUCCGCGUGCAUGACCCUCAGGCGGCGGCCGAAACAGUCAAGAUGGCCAUCGCGAUCCGGGAUAUCAAGUAG